CGUACACUGAACAUUGCACAAUGAUAAAUACCUCUCUCUUUCUUAUCACCACCACAAGUUUCAAAAUAUCACUGGUUUUUCCGUAAUCACGAGAGAUGGAAGCAAGUGCAGUUCUUUGCGUUCUUGGAGUAGCCGCAAUCUUGGGGUUAUAUAUUUGGAGGAUUUCGAACUGGUUGUGGUUUAAACCAAAAAAGAUAGAAAAAUUUCUAAGAGAUGAAGGUCUCAAGGGUAGCUCCUAUACCUUCGUUUUCGGAGAUUUGAAAGAAAUGGUGCAGAUGAGAAGGGAUGCCAAAUCGAAACCCAUGAAUCUAACUCACGAUAUAGCUCCUCGUGUCUUGCCCUUCAUCCAUAAGUCAAUCUCUACUUAUGGUAAGAGUUGCUUCACAUGGAUGGGGACAAAACCUUUGGUCCACAUAUCUGAACCAACUAUGAUACGGGAAAUAUUGGCUAACUAUUAUCAGUUUCAAAAGCCAAGGGGAGGAAAUCCAUUAACAAAGUUGCUAGCAAAAGGAUUAAUCGACGCAGAAGCUGAUCAAUGGAUUAAACAUAGAAAAAUCAUCAACCCCGCAUUCCAUGUUGAGAAGCUUAAGCAUAUGGUACCUGCAUUUUAUGUGAGCUGCAGUGAGAUGAUCGACAAAUGGGGGAAACUGGUAACCAUAGAAAGCUCGGGUGAAGUGGAUGUGUGGCCUCAUCUACAAACCUUUACAAGUGAUGUAAUUUCACGUACAGCAUUUGGUAGUAGUUUUGAGGAAGGGAGAAAGAUUUUUGAAUUUCAAAGAGAACAAGCUGAGCUGAUUAUAAAAGCUGCACAAUCGGUUUACAUUCCAGGAUCAAGAUUUUUGCCGACAAAAGACAACAAGAGGAUGAAAGAGAUUGAACGCGAGGUGAAAGCUUCAAUAAAAAGAAUUAUUGAUAAACGAGUUGUUGCGAUGAAAGCCGGAGAAACUAUUAAUGAUGACCUUUUGGGACAAGAGACAACAGGAAAUAUGCUUGUUUGGACAAUGAUUUUAUUAGGUCAACACACAGAUUGGCAGACACGUGCUAGAGAAGAAGUCUUACACGUCUUUGGAGAUAAAAGACCAGAUAUUGAUGGGCUAAGUCACCUAAAAGUUAUUAACAUGAUUUUCAAUGAGGUUCUUAGACUAUAUCCACCAGCAGUAAUGUUAAGACGACUUAUACACGAAGAUACGAAGUUAGGUAAGUUAACCUUACCAGCAGGAACCCUUAUCCAAGUAAACACAUUAUUUAUGCACCACGACAAAGAUAUGUGGGGUGAAGAUGUGAACGAGUUUAAGCCUGAAAGAUUUUCUGAAGGUGUGUCAAAGGUGACCAAGGGUCACGCCAUGUAUCUACCAUUUGGAGGUGGCCCACGUAUAUGUAUUGGCCAGAAUUUUGCUAUGCUAGAAGCAAAAAUGGCACUUGCUAUGAUUUUGCAAGGUUUCUCUUUUGAGUUAUCUCCAUCGUACUCACAUGCUCCACACACUAUAAUUACUCUACAACCUCAAUUUGGUGCUUACUUGACUUUACACAAACUUUAAGUGGUUUGUUCUGCACAUUUUAGUUAAUUAUAAAAGUCUGUUGUGUUAUAGUUUUGUGGUUACAAAUCUAUUCCGU